AAGAGCGCCGAAAGCUCUGGGGAAGCGGAUUUCUUAGAAACGAUCGUGGGACCAUCGAAACGGCCUUGGGAUGUCUCUGGCAGAUGAGCUCUUGGCUGACCUUGAGGAGGCAGCAGAAGAAGAGGAAGGAGGAAGCUAUGGAGAAGAAGAGGAGGAGCCAGCAAUUGAAGAUGUACAGGAGGAGACACAGCUGGAUCUUUCUGGAGAUUCAGUCAAGAGCAUUGCCAAGCUAUGGGAUAGCAAGAUGUUUGCUGAGAUCAUGAUGAAGAUUGAGGAGUAUAUCAGCAAGCAAGCCAAAGCUUCCGAAGUGAUGGGACCAGUGGAAGCAGCCCCUGAGUACCGAGUCAUUGUGGAUGCCAACAACCUGACUGUGGAGAUCGAAAAUGAGCUAAACAUUAUCCAUAAGUUCAUCCGGGAUAAAUACUCGAAGAGAUUUCCUGAGCUAGAAUCCUUGGUGCCCAACGCUCUGGAUUACAUCCGCACAGUCAAGGAGCUGGGCAACAGCCUGGACAAGUGCAAGAACAAUGAGAACCUCCAGCAGAUCCUGACCAACGCUACCAUCAUGGUUGUUAGUGUCACAGCCUCCACCACCCAGGGGUAUGUAUGCCAUAUGGUAAGGUGCUGCGACAUGGCCCUGGAGCUGAAUGCCUCCAAGCACCGCAUCUACGAGUACGUGGAGUCCCGGAUGUCCUUCAUUGCACCCAACUUGUCCAUCAUCAUUGGAGCAUCUACGGCUGCCAAGAUCAUGGGUGUGGCUGGAGGGCUGACCAACCUGUCUAAGAUGCCUGCCUGCAACAUCAUGCUAUUGGGAGCCCAGCGCAAGACACUGUCUGGCUUCUCUUCUACCUCCGUGCUGCCUCAUACUGGCUACAUCUACCACAGUGACAUUGUGCAGUCUCUGCCCCCAGAUCUCCGGCGGAAGGCAGCCCGCCUAGUGGCUGCCAAGUGUACACUGGCAGCUCGUGUGGACAGCUUCCAUGAGAGCACAGAAGGGAAGGUGGGCUAUGAACUAAAGGAUGAGAUUGAGCGCAAGUUUGACAAGUGGCAGGAGCCACCACCCGUGAAGCAAGUGAAGCCCCUGCCUGCGCCCCUUGAUGGGCAGCGGAAGAAGCGAGGGGGCCGAAGGUACCGCAAGAUGAAGGAACGGCUAGGACUGACGGAGAUCCGGAAGCAGGCGAACCGCAUGAGCUUUGGAGAGAUUGAGGAGGAUGCAUAUCAAGAAGACCUAGGCUUUAGCCUGGGCCAUUUGGGCAAGUCAGGCAGUGGGCGCGUGCGGCAGACACAGGUGAAUGAGGCCACCAAGGCCAGGAUCUCCAAGACAUUGCAGCGGACCUUACAGAAACAGAGCGUGGUGUAUGGUGGGAAGUCAACAAUUCGUGACCGCUCCUCAGGGACUGCCUCCAGUGUGGCCUUCACUCCCCUCCAGGGUCUGGAGAUUGUGAACCCACAAGCAGCCGAGAAGAAGGUGGCAGAAGCUAACCAGAAGUAUUUUUCUAGCAUGGCUGAGUUCCUCAAGGUCAAGGGUGAGAAAAGUGGCACCAUGUCUACCUGAAGGGGCCCACACUCCAGGUGGCCACCCACUGAAAGGACAUAAAGGACUGGAGUGACAGAUUUCCAGCCAGGAAGUUGUGGUGUAGUGAGGCAGCCUUCCAUGCUCUGUCCUUGGCCCAAGGCCACAGCAUCCAAGGAAAAGGAUGAAGCACCUUAGCCUGCCUCUCCCAGCACCCGUGCUGCUGCCACCCCAAAUGGACAGAGAGGUCUUCCUCACACUCAGCCUUUUUACACAGGGGGAAGGAAGUCCUUUUUUAGAAUGAGUACAAUUAAAUGUGUAGUGUCAGGCUCUGAA